ACACGAGCACGGGCGACCACGGACUGAUCCAGAUGGCCAACGAUGCCACAGAUGGAGCUGUCAAAGUGUCUAUUCCAUCGCUCUUUGUUACGCGGCAAACUGCGGAUCAACUACGCGCACAUCUGCAGAAUAUCGCACAACCCGUUGAGGUGGAAAUCACAGUCGCCGAUGUGGAUUGA